AUUAACGCGGUCUUAAUGUAGUUGAGGUUAUAGUUUGUUUACGUUUAUAAAAGCGAAAAGAGAAUAGUGAUACAAAGUUCUUGAUUUUCGUUGGCAAAAUGUCGAUGAAUCAGUUUAUGCAUCCAAGAAAUAAGUACAAAAUUCCACCAAACUUUACCGACCUUGCAGUCGAAUAUCCAGAGUUUCGAUUAAUUUCCCAUUUGGAUGUAAAUGGUAAAGUAACGAUCAAUUUCAAAGAUGAGAAUACAUUACGUACACUCACCAAGUGUCUCCUGCACAAAGAUUUCGAAUUGGAUGUAACUCUGCCACCAGAUAAGUUGGUUCCAACGCUACCGUUGCGAUUGAAUUACAUUUUAUGGAUCGAAGAUAUUCUGAAAACUGCCGGAAUAGCAAACAAUGUAACAGGAAUCGAUAUCGGCUGCGGAGCGUCUUGCAUAUAUGGCUUACUGGCAGCCAAAGAGAACGAAUGGAAAAUGGUAGCCUUGGACUCGAACAGCGAAAGUUGCAGUUACGCUCGUACGAAUGUUGAAAAUAACAAACUCGACCAUCUUAUUGAAGUGAUUCAUCAAGAUGACCACACUAAAAUCUUCAGCAAAUUGAUCGACCGAUUGGCAUUCCAAACACUAGAUUUUUGUCUAUGUAAUCCACCGUUCUUCAGUACAUUAGACGACGUGAAUUCGAAUAUUCCAGUUAAAAAGAAUCGAACCGGACAUCGACCGUCGCCCCAUAAUGGCAGAACUGGUAUCAACUGCGAACUGAUAGCCGAGGGUGGUGAAUGUGAUUUCGUUGAAAAGAUUAUCAAUGAGAGUUGCCAACUGAAGGAUGGCAUUAAGAUUUACACAACAAUGCUGGGCCAUAAGAGCAGUGUCGACAAAAUCGUUAAGUUGCUGAUGACCAACGGAAUAACGAAUUUCUGUCAAACAGAAUUUUGUCAGGGUCAUACCACUCGUUGGGGUAUUGCUUGGACAUUUUGCUCAGACAUUUAUCUUCGCAUGGUGCCCGUUCAUGGUCAGCAUAGUGUGACAACAAAAGUUUUUACCCAUCACAUUACAACACACGAUGCUACCACUCACACCUUACGACUGGUGGAAAAAAGUCUGGAAAGUGUCAGCGUGUCAGUGAAAGACACUGACUUCACCAACCCCAGCUGUGUAACAUUUAAGGGAGUCGCUCCGGCGGAGAACACAUGGUCGCGGCAAAGACAGAGAAGGCGAGAAUUCGAUCGUCGGGAUAGGCCACAUUUGGAGAAUGAAAUCAAUGCUAAGAAGGAAGUCAGUCAGACUGAUAACGAUCAACCAACGGCAGCAAAAAGGAGAAAAGUUGAUGACACUAUUGUUGACGAACAGGCUGUGCCAAAGAAUCAAUUUCCGUUUUUAGUAUUUGAAUGUUCAUUGAAGAAGCGUGGUUGUGGGACUGAUUUGAAUUUGAAAUAUUUGUAUGGAAAAGGCGGCAAGGACAGUGUGUACCAAAUAUUUCAAUUUUUAAUAAAUCGGCUGAAGUAGAUUU